CGAGAGGCCGGCUAGAGGGCGUGGUCAGCUGACCGGAAGGGGUUUCCUUCGCGUCCUCCAAGAGGGCUGGAGAAAGGACGGGAAGGAGGAGACGCCGUUCGGCCAUGGAGCGCUACGAGAAAGCGGCGCUCAACGCGCUUUCGCCCCCCGAGGCUCGAAGUGAAGUUUCAUUAGCCUCAACUUUAAGGACAAUGCUGUUCUUCACAGCUUUAAUGAUUAUGUUACCGAUUGGAUUGUAUUUCUCAACAAAGGCGUAUAUAUUUGAAGGUACCUUUGGAAUGUCCAACAGAGACAGCUACUUUUAUGCUGCAAUUGUUGCUGUGGUUGCUGUUCACAUCGUCCUUGCUCUUUUUGUGUACGUAGCGUGGAAUGAAGGCUCCCGGCAAUGGCGGGAGGGCAAGCAGGACUAAGAGGAUGAAUGGCUGCCCGACAAACAAAGAUUUGUAGGUGUGGUGCAAGCCUCAAAGACUUCCCAAAGUCCCUGCUUGAAUUGGAUAAGAUUGGUGGGACGGAAACAUUUCCUCUUGUUUGUAUGAAUCCGUGGUUUUAGGAGUCCCAAAAUUUAGCACAGCUGGGAAAACCAGUAAGAGGUGCAAUUGAGUACCUUUCAGAAAAUGUUGAUAAAUUUUCUAGACAAAAAACGUGGACUCCCUGCACUGUAAGUAGAUAGUAGAGAAUGCUUUCAGUAGACUUGGUAAUAUCAAGGUAAUGGUUGAGCUUCCAGGAUCAGUGAAAUGGAUUGGAUUCUUACAUCUUUGGGAGGGAAAUCGGUUUUGGGAUUCAAUUUGACAUUGAAACGGUUGGCCUUAACAUCUAAGAAACGCAGGUGUUUUUGGAACUGGUGUUCAUUUUGUUUGAUGACAGAACAGUGAUGCCAAAUUGAACCGGACUAUCACUCUAUGUGAUAGCUUUUCAUGUAAGAUGUCCCCCCUGAGAAUUAAGAUACUGAGUUUUGUCAAAUGCCAUGAUUGUGAAUUCAGUUUUCACUACCAAGGAGUGAAUUCCUUUAAGGAGGAGAUUUUCUUGUUUAAUGGACCAAGAUGUGAAUCAAUUUAUAAUCCAGGAGUCUUACAAAUGUUAUUUGGCCAUCCAAAAAUGUCUCCAUGUUGAAAUUUUAAAAGUUUUGUUUUGUUGUUCUUUGGGUUGAUCAAUUGCUACUUUCUCUUGGCAACCUAUUAAUUUGCUGCCUUACCUACAAAGAAAUGACCCCCACUGCAGUAACAUCAUUCCUCUUUUAUUGCUGCUGAAAAUCAUGGAUAUCACGUGUUGGAAUGAUUUUGAAAUUGGAAUUCGGCCUGAAUGUCCCAUUGCCAACUUUUGGUGGUGAGGGGAGGAAAUUCUCUCCUAAUAUGUUGUACGUCGUUUGUUGUGAAAUAACGAAAAUUCUCAUCCCUUCCCCUUUUCAUUGGUGAGAUGGUUGGAUAUGCAGCCGGUGCUGCUGCAAAAUAAUAAUAAUAAUAAUAAUUUUUGUAUAGUGUUUUCUUCACAAGUAAUGUGUGGUUCCCACAAAUUGGCCUAAUGAACAUUUCACAAAUGUUGAUCGGGAGUCAUGCUUGCUUCAAAAUUGAAUUAUUUCCCCUAAAUCUUGAUUACAUUGGAUUUCUAGAUUUCUUCAUGUUGUUUUUAACCAAUGAUUUUUGGUAAAAAAAAAAAAGAGAGAGAGAGAAAGAGAUCAGAUCAAACACUGGAAAUAUUUCAGAUCUGAAUGCAGUGCUGAUUUUCAAGUCAAAGAUUUGCAUUUUGUCAGAGAAAGCUUCCAAGUUGUGUAGCUGCUGCUUGCGUUGCGCUGCAAUGAUCUCGCGGCCCUUUUAAAUUCCACAUUUUUCUACUACACUGCUGUUCUUAUUUUGUCCUCUCUGAUAGAUUAAAUUUAUAUUAUGCAUAGCAAAUGCUGCAUUUACAGUCCAAAUGCAGUCGUACAGAUUCCCGGCUGAGCGCAAAGAAUUGAAAUGGCUGUAAGAGUAGUUUUUGGAUGAUCCCUUGAUAGCCAAUGAGUCGUAAAUAUUGUACCAUCAGCAUUUCUCCCGACGUUGGAUCGCUUCCUUAUAAAUUGGCUGGUCUGGGUGUAUAUUAUGGGAUGUAUCUGUGGUAUAUGCCUGCACUGAACUCUAACCAAGGAUAUGAUUGGGCUUCCCAUGUUGCACUAAGCGAUUGGUUUUUAACCCAGCACUUUGUGUGAGACUCACUCAUUAAGGUAUGGAAACUGUGAUUUCUGAUUUCAGGUUUUGUGCAAACCCAGUUAUUUAUACAAUAAAUUGUGUAAAUCAUGUGUGAUGUGACCCCCCCCAGUCUGCAUUUUCUUCAGAGGGGAGAACUAACUCCCAGCAGAGUCAUGGAACGUACAGUCUUCAGCCUGUUAUCCUGUAGAUCAGCUGUCUCCAAAAUUGGCACUUUUAAGACUUUUGUAGAUUUCAACUUCCAGAAUUUUCCCAGCUGACUGGGGAAUUCUGGGAGUUGAAGUCCACAAGUCUUAAAGUUUGGGUACCCCUGCUGUAGAUAUGAGUGUUUGGGACUAUGGGGCGUGGUAGUUGGGAAAUGGAGGAAAUUGCAACCCUGACAAACACCUGGAAUCAAUUCUUGAAAAAUUUCCAGCAUAAAUAUGCUUUCAUUUAGA